AUGUCUGACUUCACGCAACUAGUGGCCGACUGCAAUGUGCCAGCAGCUGUCGCCCCCUUGCUUUCAGCAUUCGACGUUGCUUUGUUUGCCCGGUCCUGCACUACUUCGGCAGAGCUUGAAGAGUUGGUGAACCACUUUCUGGCUGAAGCCUCAGUUACUGAUGCAGCUGAGCGCUUUAUCACCAAAGCUUCGCUUCGCUUGCUUUUUUGCAAAUGUCGAACGUCAGAGGGCAUGGCAUCCUUGGAAGUCGCUCCCACUCCCACCACCCCGCUUGGUGAUGGGCCUCCAGCUGCUACCCCGGCUCCCCCGGCCACGCCUCCACUUUCCAGCUCUUGGCAAGAGGCUUGGCCUGCGAAGCUGAGUGGGGAGCGAACCGCGGCGCUUAGGAAGAGGUUCGAGGAGGACUACCCCACUGAACUUCUUGACGCCGAGAGCUUUCCAAGCGCCCGCUUAUUGGCCCUCACCAAUAAGAUGCUUUCCGACAAGGAGGUGCGAUGGAUUCCUUGGAAGUACCGCUUAAGCGCUCGUGCUCAAGAAGACAGUCUCCUCGUUCGGCCCAGGAAACAGGCCCGCUUUGACCUAACAGAGCUUUUUCUGGACGAGGCGCCUACACGUGACAUACAUGAAGGCCCCGCUUCCUUUGGCCUCGUCACUCAGCUUCUGUCACUGGCUGCCAAUGCCAUUGCGCUCUGUCAAGGUGCACACCUUGGUUCUCUGAAGCUUUAUAAUAAACGCUUCAUGAGGAUCUGCUUCACGAAGUACGAUGCCGCCGCCAGCUUACGAGGUCCCACUACCAUGGAAGCCCAGGCCGCCGACCGCCGCUGUUGGGAAAUCAUCGCCGACUUAGUCAAUGUGCACCACUGGAAGUUGGACGAUGCGCUUCACGAAGUGGCCGAGGUGCGCUCUGACAUGCACAGCCUGCUUGCACCGAGGCCCUUUAUUCCCAAACCGAAGUUCGACCCGGACAACAGCUGGAAGGCCCGCUUCACAGGCAACGGUCGAGGCGGCAAAGGCGGUGGCCGCGGCGGCAAAGGCCGUGACGGCAAAGGCGAGAAGGGAGAGCGCUUUGAGAGAGGGGGCAAAGGUGGCAAGGGCAAGGACAACAAGCAAGCCACGCCACCCGGCAAGUGGCUUUCCACCCUCUUCAUGGAUGGCAAACGUCAGACGCUUUGCAUGAGGUACCAGAGCGGGCAGUGCAAGGACCCGGCCACAUGCCGCUACUUGCACAGAUGCGCAGAAACCCACUUCAGCGAGCUGCGGGACAUCGCUGAGGAGGUCACGACCGUCCCGCUUAGUGUGCCGGCACAACCGUCAGGCUCAGCAGGGGCCACUGCGUCACUGCCAAAGGCACGUGCCCUUGUCUCCGAUGCAGCAUCGGCACUCAGUGAAGGCUCUCUCGACUUCGCUACUUGCUUGGAGCUUCUAGCGCAGUACUUUUCCAUUCCCUUCGCUUCUUCUUCUCACUGCCCCGACAAUGCCAUUGCAGCCUCUGAAGCAUAUUUCAAUUUGGGGGCUUUCGCUUUUGACAAUGGCUCCAGAUCGGGCAUCUUUCAGCGCACCGAGCAGUUUUCAGACGUUCUUCGAUUCUUGAACGCUUUUAUGCAGCUUCAGUUCCCUGAAGCCUCCUGGAGCUCCCUCUGCGUCAGCCACAACGUUCGCACCCGCUUACACACAGAUUCUGGCAACGCUGCAGGGUCUCUGAAUCACACAGUUUCACUUGGCAACUUCAGCGGUGGCGAGGUUUGGCUUUGCCCCGCUUUGAACCAGGCGGCUUGUCAGGUACCCGCCCCCUCGGAUGCCUCGUCCGAGGCUCACAGUGCAUCUGAAGUGGGUACAGGUGAGGUGCGCGACACUUGGCACGCGCCGCUCUCCUUUAGCUGUGAAGCACUUCACUGUACGCUUCCAAUACAAGGAGACCGGUGGGUAUUGACUGCCUACACUUGCAAGAGCCUAGACCGCUUUGAUGCAACGUCACUGGCACACCUGAGGUCUCUGGGCUUCCCGCUCCCGCCGGCAACCCCAUGCCACCCGCAGUCAAUACAUCCCCCGCUCAAGGACACAACAUGCGUGGAGCUCUUCCUGGAUAUAUGCUGCGGGGCCGCUCACCCACUUACCACGGCGAUGUCUUCAUACGGAAUCACUUGUCUGCCCAUAGAUCUACUGGGCGAGGAGCAACUCGACCUGCUCAACGACGACACCUACGACCACUUGCUUCGGCUGUGCUUUGCUGGGAUUGUCCGCUUAGCUCACGGAUCGCCACCCUGCAAGGAGUACUCCCGCUUGAAGCUUCGUCCAGGUGGGCCUCCAGCCAUUCGAUCGCCGGAUCACAUGAAUGGUCUGCCAGGGAACACCGCUUCGCAGCAAGCUAGAGUACAAAGCAGCCAGAAGCUUCUAUAUCGUUGCGUAUGCCUCCUGAGAGCAGCUUUUUGUUCAGGCGCGCAUGUAUCCCGGGAACAACCCACUAACGCCAUGUCCUGGCUUGAGCCUUUUGUUCAGGACAUGCUUUCCGAAAUACAGGCCUCACUGGUCAAUAUCCCGGCAUGUUCAGUGGGACAGGAUAUAGCAAAAUCGUGGCUUUUUGCUUGCAGUUACAGCGAAUUCCGCUUUCUGGCAAGCACAUGUUCGCAUGCAGGAGGCCACCAGUCCGUCGCAGGAACCAGGGACGAACGCGGGACCUUUUUGUCCCAGCGGACGGCGGAGUACCCGUCCCAGCUUGCCGAGAAAUUCUCAGCGAAGGCAGUGCACUUAUUUUCUUCGGCAAGACCUGCUUAUUCGGUUUCGCCCUGCUCCUUGAAGUUCGCACUGGCCUCAGUUCCCAAAAAGCCACGUUCAUCAACGCCUACAGCAGCGCAGGAUGGCGGGGGCAUCUACUCUUUGCCCGACUGGUCCCUUGGCCCAAGGUACCAGUCCGACAGCUUACACGACCUGCGGAAGGAAUGGCAAUCUUGGCUGCUUCAGAACAGAAUUCCUCUCAGACUCCAGCAACACGUUGCCGAAGCCAGCAAUAAACCGCUUUUCUCAACGGAAGAAACAGAGUGGCUUCGCUCUUCUUUCAAGCGCUUUUCGGACGCUCACUCCCCGUGCCAGGACUGGAACUUCUCAGUGACAGAAGGCCAGCCAUACUGCUUGUCUGCACUGGAGCGCUUGAGUACUAUGCUGGGUGACAAGGACACUUCCCUUUUCCCCGCUUUGCAGAAGGGCGUGCCUACGGGAUUCGACGGCGACAUCCCUCGCAGCCACACACUCCGACCUCGUGAUCCCAACAACUCAGACGAACCCACUGACCUGCUUGUUUGCGAAGGUAACUGGCAGGGAGCUGAGGCAGACCCGGCACUGCUUCAGGAGUUGAUUGAGGAGGAGGUCUCGGCCGGCUACAUAGAAGAAGUUUCCAGCUUAGAGGCGGCUUACGAAAGGUGGGGCAAGGAACGUGUUGCGUUCUCCUUGCCCAGCCUCCAGGACAUUCAGUCCGCUUACCCUCCAAGGGAGGACGAGGAGCCGGUUUCGGGUUUCAGCUUAGAUGUGAAGGGAGCGCACAAAACUUCACUUGUGCGCGAGAAAGACAGAGGCCUGCUUGGACUAAGACAACAAGAACGCCUCUUUUUCUACCGUGUCUGUCCCUUCGGGGCCACUUUUUCUAGCCACUGGUUUGCCCGCUUGGGGGGCUUUUUCGUGCGCUGCCUUCACCUACUUAUCUGGUUAUCACACGUUCUCAUGCUGUACGUCGAUGAUUUGCUUCUCUGGCAAAAUUCUCGUGCACUGCCGCUUAGCGCUUCUCUGGUCUUGGCAUUCUGCGCCUGCUUCAACAUACCGCUUAGUUGGCGGAAAUUGCAGAUGGGGCCGUCUAUAACCUGGAUAGGGUGGCAGAUCGACUUCAAGGCUGGCUGUUACACUUUACCAGAGCUCAAACGCUUGAAGCUACUUGUCCAGGUGGAGGAAUGCCUUCGGCAUCGACUUGUCAGCCGCAAACAGCUUGACAAACUGCUAGGUCUGCUUCAGUGGAUUCUGCAUGGUCUUCCUGCUUUACGCCCCUGGCUAUGCACUCUGUAUGAUGACAUGCAUAGACCACUUGGCACCAAUGUCAGCAUCAGCCCAGUUGUUUGGCCAGGCAUCCACUCUUACCUGGACGACAAGCUUCGCUUCACAGGUUGCCCCCCGGGCACGGGCAUUUCACCUGGCUCAACGCUGCUUUCAGCUCGGCAUAAGCCUCUUAAAAGUAAAGAAGACCUGGCUCUAGUCCCCGUAAGCACCAAGCGCAUGUGGCUCCGAGUUACGGACCCCACUUCCUCCAAGCGGCGCUUAUGUGAAUCCAGCAGAGAAACCCUUGCCUUCUUUGCCCACUUGAGCUCCAGGGACUGGCGGCCUAGGCCACUUCGACCACCACCUACCAGUUCGGUGGAGUCGGCCGCAGAUGCUUUCGGCAAGGGCAAUGACUGUGGCGUGGGAGGUUGGCUACUCCUCCCCAGCGGACGCCUGCUUUGGUUUGCUCACCGCUACACAGUCAAAGACUUCCUGGACUUAGGUCUACCCAUGCAAGCAGAUGCCAACCUAGACAUCUCCAGCUACGAGACAUUGGCACAGUGCUUUGUGCUUUUGGCUUUUUGGAAAGCCCAUGGUUCCGGUCGCUUGGCUUUGACAUUACCAGCUUUGAGCGAUAAUAGUGGUGCGGAGUCUGUGUGUAAUAAGCUUUACACCUCUAAAGUACCACUUAACUUUUUCGUUCGCAAGCUUUCAAUGUGGAGCUCGAUUACCGGUGUCACUUUGGACUGCAGCCAUAUCGCUGGUGAGAAGAACGACGACGCAGACCUGCUUUCUCGGUGGGAUGGCUCCACGGAACUCCCUCCCAAGUUUCUGGCCUCGAACCGCAUCGAGCUCUCACUUUCUGAGUUCUGGCAGAUCCGCUUUCAGGUGACGCUUUUUCCCGCUGACACAUUUUUGAAAUGGCAGCUUCCGUCAGCUGACAGCUUGGGCCCGACAAACCGCGGUUCAAGGAAGCGCAAGUAG